AUGAAGUCUACGAUCUGCAUUCUCGUCUUGGCCGUAACUGGCUGCUUGGCUAAAGAAGCUGAAAAGAAAGAAAAACGCGGUGUUUAUGGUGAAGCCGUUUUGGGUGGCUUAGACCAUGGGGCCGGUUUAUCUUUAGGAGGAGGACACGGAGGCGGCAUCUCUUUGGGAGGAGGACAUGGAGGCGGCAUCUCUUUGGGAGGAGGACAUGGCGGCGGCAUUGGUUUGGGAGGAGGACAUGGCAUUGAAUUGAGCGGAAUCUCCUUGGGUGGACAUGGAGGCGGCAUCGGAGGUGGAUUCGGUGGAGGACACGGAGGUUUGGGCGGAGGCGGUGGUCUUGGAGGUGGUCUUGGAGGUGGUUUGGGAGGCGGUUUAGGAGGUGGAUUAGGCGGUGGAUCUGGAUUGGGAGUCAUCGACUUGGGUAGCUCCGUUCACAGGCACUACACCGUUACCAACAGGGUCGGAAUCCCAGUACCAAGACCAUACCCAGUCCAUGUAACCAAGGAUGUUGCCGUUCCAGUACCACACCCAGUCGCCGUACCAGUCGACAGACCAUACCCAGUCCAUGUACCAAAACCAUACCCAGUACCAGUAGACAAGCCAGUACCAUACACCGUUGAGAAGCAGGUCGCCGUCCCAUACAACGUACCAUACAAAGUAGCAGUACCUCAUCCAGUUGCCGUCCCAAUCCCAAAACCAGUCGCCGUGCCAGUAAUCAGGAAAGUUCCAGUCGCCAUCCCGGAAACCAUCUACGUUAAGAAGCCAGUACCAAUCUUCGUCAAGUCCGACGACCAUGGUUAUGGUGGCGGACUCUCCCUCGGCGGAUCUUCUCUCGGAGGAUCUUCUUUCGGCCAUGGCGGAAUCUCUUUGGGUGGUCAUGGUUUGGGUAGUUCCAUCUCAUCCGGAUCUUACGGAGGUGGAUGGAAGACCUGGUAA